AUGCCUCGUCCUCUUGUCCUGCUCUGCGCUUUUGCGCUCAUCUCCACAUUCGCUGAGGAUGCAAGAAAAUUCCGAAGAUGUGACCAGGGCUCUUUCUGCCGUCGAUUCCGCAAAUGGAUCGAUAGGGCGCGAAGUUGCCAGCCCGGUGAGUGGCUAGGUCCUUGGUACAUCGAUUCCGAGGUUACAAGGCCGACCAACACUCAGCCUUUGAGGCUUGAUCUCCAUAAUAGAUACGCGCCCACGACAGUGCUCCAGUUGCAUUUGCAACUCCAUACAGAUGUUGUUGGUCGAUGCGGUAUUGUCCGCGUCUCGGUCGAUGAGAAGGACCCUAUUCAUCCCAGGUAUCGAAUACCAGACAACGACGUGGUCCUGGAUGAUACUUUACCGAUUAUACCAUGGGCAGACAUUGAGUAUGAGAAAAACGAUGAAGGCAUUACCCUCAGUGUAACGACAGAUCCCCGACAUCAUUGUAGAGUUCGAGUCGACUUCGAUCCCUUCCAAAUUGAUGUAUCCCACAAUGAGAAGUCCGUCAUCAAGCUCAACAAGGAUAAACUCUUCAAUUUUGAAACUUACCGGGCGAGGUCACAUGGCUCAGAUCAAUCGAAACCUGAAGGAGAUACAAGUAUCGCGGAUGCGACUGAGACUGGUACGUUUUCUGCUGAUGGUCUCAAUUUCGAUAUACCCGCCCUCGCAGAUGCAUCCGGCCUAUGGGAGGAGACAUUCAACUCGUUUGUCGAUGCCAAGCCUCGCGGACCAGCUGCUGUUGGUAUCGAUGUCACCAUGGUGGCAUCUCGACAUGCAUAUGGCUUGGCUGGUCACUCGACAAGUCUUGACUUGCCCCGCUUAGAGGAACCCUAUAGGAUAUACAAUACCGAUGUCUUCGAGUAUCCAGUUGAUUCACCGACGUCUUUGUAUGGUGGAUCGCCCUUCCUACUAUCUUUUCACUACAAGGAUGAUCCUAAUCAUGAGGCCCACUUCGAUCAGCCCUUCGUUACCGGACUACUAUGGAAUAAUCCCUCGGAAACAUUUGUCAAAGUUGAUACCCCACAUUAUCACGAGAAGGAGAUCCAGCAGCCGCUUCACGACGCUAAAUCUUGGUUUCUAUCGGAGUCUGGAAUCGUCGACAUGUUUGUCAUAACUGGUCUAGAGCCGUACGAGGUCCUGUACAAAUACCAUACAAUCACAGGCUUUCCAUCUACCGUACCCAUGUUUGCCUUAGGCAAGCAUCAGAGUCGGUGGAACUAUGAUGAUAUCGCUGAUGUGAAAAAAGUGAAUCAGCAGUUCGAUGCCAAUGAUGUUCCACUUGAUGUGUUAUGGCUGGAUAUCGAACAUACCGAUGGCAAACGAUACUUCACUUGGGAUAAGGACAGGUUCGCUGACCAUAAAGAUAUGCUCGACAGUGUAGUGAAGACCAAGCGGAAGAUGGUGGCCAUCGUGGAUCCACACAUUAAGGUCGAUAACGACUACAGUGUAUACCAAAGGUUCGAGGCUGAAAAGGGUUUCGUCCAGCUCAAGGAUGGUACCGACUUCGUGGGUUCGUGUUGGCCUGGUGAAUCCAAGUAUCCCGACUUUACCGAUCCGGCAGUGAGAGCCACUUGGUCAAAGCUAUUCAAUUUCACAGAGUACAAAGGGUCCGGUGAAGGUCUCUACAUAUGGAAUGAUAUGAACGAGCCGUCGGUCUUCAACGGCCCCGAGAUGACUAUGCCUCGUGAUGUGGUCCAUCACUCGGGUGUUGAACACCGAGACUUACACAACUUGUACGGUAUGUACGUCCAUCGUGCAUCUUAUGAGGGAAUGUUGGGCCGAUCCAAAGGUAAGCGUCGACCAUUCGUCCUUUCACGAAGCUUCUUUACUGGGUCGCAUCGGUAUGGUCCGAUCUGGACUGGAGACAACAUGGCUGACUUUGUUCAUCUGGGUCAUAGUGUGCCCAUGCUUCUAUCGAUGGCGGUCAACGGCAUGUCGUUCGUGGGUGCCGAUGUGCCAGGCUUCUUCGGUAAUCCCACUAAUGAGCUCUUCAUCCGAUGGCAUCAGCUGGGGGCUCUGGCAUAUCCAUUUUAUCGGGCCCAUGCUCACUUGAACACCCUCAGAAGGGAGCCAUGGAUGCUCGGACCAGAAGCACUAGAACAUGUGAGAGGAGCAGUGAGUGUGAGGUAUACCCUGAUGCCGAUGUGGUACACCCUGUUCAUGGAAUACUCAUUGGGUGGAAGGCCUGUAAUACGCCCUCUAUGGUUCGAUAAUCACGACGAUAUCAAUACAUUCGCGGAAGCGACUCAGAAUACUCAUAUCAUGGUAAGUGUUAUCGCAGCGGCUGGCACUUCUAUUGGUAAAGUGAUGUAA